AGGUUAUUGGCUCAAUGUUAUUAGCCUUCAUGAUUGGAUCAUUUGGCCUAGUGCACUCAAAUGUGGACUUCUGUUAAGUUUUUUUUUCUUGAAGUUGGAUUUUUAUUUUUUAUUUUUUUCAGAUUUGGGAAUCAAAAGAAGGUAGGAGAAUAGUUUUUGACAAACCAAACUUUGAAGAGAGCCAGAAAUCCAGCACCUUCUGUAUCAAAUAAAAACUACUGCUUGCCUGUGCACAAUAGCUGCAACUAUCAGUCCAAUCAUUCUCUCAAUCAGAAAGAUAAAUUAAACAAGUUGAGCUUGAGGUACAAACAACAAAUAAAACAAAGGGAAGCAGAAGAAAACAAGUUGGAACACAAAACAAACAUUAUGGUGGCUAAUGGUGGCUACUGGGUUCAUGUGCUUGUUGCAUUGUUGCUAGUAGCAGGGGCAAGAAAGGACUGAAAGGGCAGCAAUGUAGUUUAUCGGAGGAGGUGGUCCUGGACCUGGUGUGAGUACAGUUGGUGUGGCUUUACCUGUCCUUAACUGUUUCCAAUGCAAGUCAGACUAGUCAGUCAAGCCUCUCUUUCUUUGUCUACCCCACACACACACACACCCACCUUAUUUUCUGCACAGCCCCCACUCCUCCUGCACUGCACAUGAUAAAGAAAUCACACAAGGCCUUGUCUCCUCUGUUUCUUCCACCAUCAAAUUAUCGAUCUUUAUUUUCAUCUAUUGUCCAUUUCUAUCCCUCUCCAAAGUCACUUUUCACCUAUUGUUGUCUCCAACCCCCUUCUCUCUCAAUUUCUUCUUGUUACAGGUAGGUAGGGGCUGCUCACCUUCUUUUUGUCAGGAUUCGCUUGCCAGUCUCUAAAGUAUGACAAAAGGUGUUGCAAGCAAACAAUAAAAACACCCCCAUAUAACCACUAGAAUAGAAGCAACACAAUCAGAUCUUUCUCCAUCUUUUUAACUCUUCUCUCCAUUGAGUCCCAUAGUCAUACCAACCAAUUAAUUAACCUCUGUAGACUUCCACUCCUUUGCUCUCUCUCUCUCUCUCUCUCUCUCUCUUCCUAAAUUUCCCAGAUGAGGACAAUUAUGGCCAAGACCUCUCAUGACUCUUCUUUCUCCUUCUCCAGGAGGUACUUCCACUGGAAAAAGAAAGUAGAGGAUGAUGAAGAUGAUUACCACGAAAUCUUAAACUUCAACUCAUCAUACUCACAUUUCUCUGAGGAAUCAGAGAAAGAUGAACAGGAGCUUAGAAUCCCAGUCUCAACAGACACUGCUUUGAUCCCCGCAAUAAUACCACGCAAGAAACAUUCUCUGAUGUCAGUGUCCAAGAUCCGGUCAGCUCUCACAGUGUUUGGUAAGAGGCGCUCUCGCUCUGGCCUCGGCACCAGAGUCAUGGGUACUCUGUUCGGCUAUCGUCGUGGACAUGUUCAUCUGGCAUUUCAAGAAGAACCCAAGUUGAGCCCUGCCUUCCUGAUUGAGCUUGCAACACCCACAAGUGUUUUGGUUCGAGAAAUGGCUUCUGGGUUGGUGAGGAUUGCCUUGGAGUGCGAGAAGAAAACAGAGAAGAAAGGUUUGAAAAUGCUAGAGGAGCCACUCUGGAGGACUUACUGCAAUGGAAAGAAAUGUGGGUUUGCUAUGAAGCGUGACUGUGGACCUGGGGAGUGGAAGGUUUUGAAAGCUCUGGAGCCAAUUUCAAUGGGGGCUGGUGUUUUGCCAGGAAGCGAAGAUGGAGUUGGAGCUGAGGGUGAGCUCAUGUACAUGAGAGCUAAGUUUGAGAGAGUUGUGGGGUCUAAGGACUCUGAGGCUUUCUACAUGAUGAACCCUGAUGGUUCUGGAGGUCCUGAACUUAGUAUUUAUCUGCUUAGAGUCUAGAAAGCUCAUUGAGCCAUAAAAAUUUGGAGGUUUGGUUCUUUCUCCAUGUAUCUGUCUUUUUUGUUCAUUUUGGAGCUAAGUAAGAAUAUGGGUUGAUCAUCCGUAUCAUGCUUCAGAAUUUUAGGCAUUUUGGGGGGGUGUUGGUUAUGGGAUAAUAGCAUACCACAUAGGUAGGCAGUGUGGGGUAUUUUUUAUAUGUAUGUAUAGGUUCUCUUCUCUCUUCCUCUUUUCAGCUGGAAUGUUGGAAACAAGAUGCUUAUUAUGAGAAAGAAGGUCAUGGUUUUGCCAAUUUUAAAGUUCUGAUUUUUCCCUUCUCCAAAA